GUUGCACUCAAACCCCUCUCCUUUGCUCCCUCCAUUGCCUCAUAAACACAAAUUCAAACCUUAAAGUGCAACAAAAUUCAAAAUUUGUCCCCAUAUUAGUUAAUUUAAUAACCCCAAGGAAAUGAAAUCAUAAGACAUAUUUAAGCAGUAAAAAGAGGAGAUAUGGGCAAAUUGUUUUUUCCUUUUUUAUAUAAUUUCAUGGUGAUUGAAUAAGUUUUGAAAUUUGAUUGUUUUCUUUAGCUUUAUCUGCCGACAGAAAACUAGGCAUAAAGAGAGGGGGGCAAGCAUAUUGAAUACAGCUGAGCAAAAUACCCCAUACUUCUUUAAACCAACAUUUAUCUCUUCUUCUUCUUCUGUUUGGUGUUCCAUUUCAAGUUCCUACCUUUAAGAGCAAAGGAAUUUUCUCUUUUGUUUUUCUGUUUGGCCAUGGAUUUUCUCAGGAAUGUGUCGGUCUCCAGUGAGUAUCAAGCUCCUACAGCCUCUAUUGAUGACCUUUUCCCAACUCAAAACACGGAAGUUGAUGUGAGCUUGGAAUGGUUAUCUAUCUUCGUCGAAGAUUGUUUUUCAAGCACCGGGAACUGUAUCCCGGUUGUCGAAACGAAACCUCCAACCGCACCGCCACCUACGGCGGCGAAAUCCGCGAAGAAACCCCACCAGAUGACCCCGCAAUCGUCGCAGAAUUUCGCGGUUCCAUGCAAGGCGAGGAGCAAGAGAAAGAGGGUUUCGAGUUCAGCAUCAACGGUAUUAUCCAAAACCAAAAACAACCCAUUUUUCAACUGGUCCUGUAACCUCCAAUUGGCCAACUCCGACCCUCUUUUGCUCCAACAACCAUGCUGGUUAGCCGACAGUGAACUCAUUGAGCCCAAGAAGGAAGACGAGAACAACAACAGUAGUACCAUGAAAGAGGGCAUCACGGAGGAAGAGAAGCCGUCUGCGGCGGCGGAGGGGCAGCAGGGGAGGAGGUGUAGCCAUUGCUUGGCACAAAGGACACCACAGUGGAGGGCAGGACCAAUGGGGCCAAAGACACUAUGUAAUGCAUGUGGGGUGAGGUACAAAUCAGGGAGGUUGCUGCCAGAGUAUAGGCCAGCCAAAAGCCCUACUUUUGUUAGCUAUUUGCACUCCAAUUCUCACAAGAAAGUCUUGGAGAUGAGAAUGUCAAUUUCUAGUGACAAGUAAUUUCUUAUCAUGAAA